AUGCUGCGGUACCUGCUGAAGACGCUGCUGCAGAUGAACCUGUUCGCCGACUCGCUGGGGGCCGAAGGCUCCAACUCCUCCUCCUCGCUCCUGCUCGGCAUCAACCGCUCCAUCGCUGCGCUCCACCUGCCCGAUCUCGCCCCCGGUAAUGGGUCUCACUCUCAGCUGGAGGACACGGCCCCCCGCAUCGUGGAGCACCCCACGGAUCUCCUGGUCACCAAGGGGGAACCGGCCACGCUGAGCUGCAAGGCCGAGGGGCGCCCGGCGCCGGCCGUGGAGUGGUACAAGGACGGGGAGCGGGUGGAGACGGACCGGGAGGAUCCCCGCUCCCACCGCACCCUCCUGCCGGGCGGCUCCCUCUUCUUCCUCCGCAUCCUGCACGGGCGGCGGGGCAAGCCCGACGAGGGGGUUUAUGUGUGCGUGGCCAGGAAUUACCUGGGGGAGGCCACCAGCCGGAACGCUUCCCUGGAGGUGGCCGUGCUGCGGGACGAUUUCCGGCAGCCCCCCGGGGAUGUGGUGGUGGCGGCGGGAGAACCGGCCGUGCUGGAGUGUGUCCCGCCCCGCGGCCAUCCCGAGCCCAGCGUCUCCUGGAAGAAGAACGGAGUCCGGCUCAGCGACAAGGACGAGCAUCUGACGAUCCGUGGAGGGAAGCUGAUGGUGGCCAGUACCCGCAAGAGCGACGCUGGUGUCUACGUCUGUGUGGCCACCAACGUGGUGGGGGAGAGGGACAGCGAGCCGGCCGAGCUGGUGGUCUUUGAGCGCCCGGCAUUUGGAAAGAGGCCCCUGAACCAGGCAGUGCUGGUGGAGGGGACGGCAGAGUUCGCCUGUGAGGUGGUGGGGGAUCCCCAGCCAGCAGCGCGGUGGCACAAGGAGGAGGGUGAGAUGCCACUGGGAAGGUGGGAGGUGCUGCCGGACAAUACCCUGCGGAUCAGCCGGCUGCGAGCAGAGGAUGAGGGCACCUACACCUGCGUGGCCGAUAACAGCGUGGGCAGGUCGGAGGCAUCUGGCACCCUCACCGUGCACGUGCCCCCCCAGCUGGUCACUGGGCCCCGUGACCAGGCUGUCAACCCUGGCCAGAGCGUGACCUUCCAGUGCCAGAGCAAGGGCAACCCACCGCCAGCUGUCUUCUGGCAGAAGGAGGGGAGCCAGACCCUGCUGUUCCCGGGCCAGCCCCCGCUCCCCUCCAGCCGUGUUUGGGUGAGCCCUGGGGGUGCCAUGACCAUUGCCGAUGUCCAGCCCGGUGACGCCGGCCACUACCUGUGCCAGGCCAUCAGCGUGGCUGGCAGCGUCCUGGCCAGGGCACGCCUGGAGGUGACGGAGGCACCCACCGAGCUCCACCCGCCGAUGGUCAGGCCCCUUCCCGCCAACCGGACGGUGCUGCCGGUGGGGGCCACGGCAUGGCUGCCUUGUGGGGUGGGGGAUGGUGACCCCCCGGGCAGCGUGGGGUGGCUGAAGGACGGCAGUGCCCUGGUGGGUGCCCAGCCCCGUGCCAGCCUGCUGGAGAACGGCACCCUGCAGAUCACCGGCCUCCGGGUGAGAGACUCUGGGCUCUAUGAGUGCGUGGCCACCAGCCCAGCGGGCGAGACACGCUGGGGCAGCUCCCUGGAGGUGCAAGGUGGGUCACAGGGAUGUGAUGAAUCUGAUCUCUCCCCACCUUCCCCUGUGCCUGGAGUCCUCCCUGGGCCACCCUCCACCCCUGUGGUCACCAAUGUCACCAGAAGCAGUGUCACCCUGAGCUGGAAAGCGAACAAGGACAGUGAUGCCACCCAUGUCACUUCUUACGUAGUGGAGGCUUUCAGCCAGGCGGCAGGCGGCCUGUGGCGGACGGUGGCAGCCGAUGUGGAGGGGGAGACCCACACAGUGAGUGGCCUCGUCCCGGACACCGUCUACCUGUUCCUGGUGCGGGCGGUCAAUGCCUACGGGCUCAGUGACCCCAGCGGCAUCUCAGAGCCUGUGUGCACCCAAGAUGCCAGCCCCACGCAGCAAGGGCUGGACCCUGAGCAGGUGCAGCGGGAGCUGGCCCAAGUGGCCGUGCACCUGCAGGAGCCCGUGGUGCUGCCGCUGGGCGCCGUCCGCCUCUCCUGGACCGUGGAGCGCCCAGCGCCCUUCCUUCAGGGCUACCGCGUGCUGUACCGGCGGCGUGGUGGGCGCUGGGAGGAGGCGCGGGCGGUGCGGGCGCCGGAGGAGCGGGGGGCCCUGCUCACCGAGCUGCGCCGCGGCCAGGACUACGAGGUCAAGGUCCGGCCCUACUUCCAUCAGCUCCACGGUCCAGACAGCGCCGUGCGCGCUCUGCGCACCCCAGAGGCAGCUCCCAGCGCCCCCCCGCGAGCUGUCAGUGUGGCUGGGAAUGGCACCAGUGUCCGCAUCUCGUGGCAGCCACCACCACUGGCCGAGCAGAACGGCGUCAUCCGGGAUUACCGGAUUUGGUGCCUGGGCAACGAGAGCCGCUUCCACAUCAACCAGAGCGUGGAGGGGACGGUGCUGGCGACAGUGCUGCGGGGACUGGUCCCCGGGGUCCCUUACCACGCCGAAGUUGCUGCCGCCACUGGCGCCGGUGUGGGCGCCCGCAGCGCCCCUGUCCCCAUCCACAUCGGUGAGUCUCUUCGGGAUGCGGGGCCAGCAGGCGGAAGCAGCAUGGCCGAGCGUUUGGCUGAGGUGGCCAGGCAGCCAGCCUUCAUCGCCGGCGUCGGCAGCGCUUGCUGGGUCGUUCUCGCCGCCUUCGCCGCGUGGCUCUACAGCCGCCGCCGGAGGAAGAAGGAGCUCAGCCACUUCACCGCGUCCUUUGCCUACACACCCACCGUCGCCUUCCCGGCUCCAGGGCGCGGCAGCCCCAGGGCAGCCGCCGGCAGCGGUUACCCGUGGCUGGCGGACGCGUGGCACGGUGGCGGCACAGCCAGUGCUGCCGGUUGUUUGGGCACCGCUGAGAGAUACUACAAUGACGCUGGCAUCACCCGUUACAUCGCCCAGACGGAGCAGUUUGGGGCGGGGACCGGCGAGGGGCCGGUUUACAGCACCAUCGAGGUGGACAGUGAGGAGAUCUGCACCUUCCCCCGUCCCUUCUCGCAGUAUGGGACCCCCUAUCCCGGGAUGGGUCCUCAGCUGAUAGAUGCUGCAGCCUCCCAGGCACCCCGAGGAUGGGCUGAGCACGGGGCCAAAGCAAAGCUGGGGCAACCGGUGAAACUGCCAGCUGUGAGUUGGACAGAGCUGCUGCCCCCUCCACCCUCGGCCAGCGAGCUUAGCCAGUGCACCCAGGAGAAGGAGGAGGAGGAGGAAGAGGAGGAUGAAGAGGAAGAGGCAGCUGGAGGGUGA